UUUGAGUUAACAAGAUGUCUCAAAGUGCUGUGGCUGAUCAGGAAGUGCCCAACAGGGCUUAUGUGACCUUUUUGGCUGGCAAUGGAGAUUAUGUGAAGGGUGUGGUGGGUUUAGUCAAGGGUUUGAGGAAAGCAGAAUCCGCUUACCCUUUGGUUGUGGCCAUCCUGCCUGAUGUGCCCCAAGAGCACCGGGAUAUUCUUGAAUCUCAGGGCUGUAUUGUCCGGGAGAUCCAACCGGUAUAUCCGCCUGCCAACCACACCCAGUUUGCCAUGGCCUAUUAUGUUGUCAACUACUCCAAGCUUCGUAUUUGGGAGUUUGUGGAGUAUGACAAGAUGGUAUACUUGGACGGAGAUAUUCAAGUAUUCGAGAAUGUAGAUCACCUUUUUGAUUCCCCGAAUGGGUAUUUGUAUGCUGUCAUGGACUGUUUCUGUGAAAAGACAUGGGCUAACUCGCCUCAGUACAAGAUUGGAUACUGCCAGCAGUGCCCUGAGAAGGUUCACUGGCCAGCAAAGUUAGGCUCGCCACCUCCGCCUUACUUCAACGCCGGCAUGUUUGUGUUUGAGCCUAAUCCUUUUACCUACCAUGAUCUACUUCAGACCCUCAAGAUCACCACUCCAACUUCAUUUGCUGAGCAGGACUUCCUCAACAGUUUCUUCAGGAAUGUCUACAGGCCUAUCCCUCCUGUUUACAACCUUGUUUUGGCUAUGCUGUGGCGCCACCCUGAAAAUGUGGACCUCGACAAAGUCAAGGUUGUUCAUUAUUGUGCUGCGGGAUCAAAGCCUUGGAGGUACACUGGGGAGGAGGAGAACAUGCAAAGGGAAGAUAUCAAGGUUCUGGUGAAGAAGUGGUGGGAAAUAUACGAGAAUGAGUCUCUGGAUUACAAGAAUUGCAGGCCUGAGCAGGGUAACAUGAAACCUUUGGUUUCCACUCUGCCUGCAGCUAAUCCCCUUCUUCAGCAGGGAAGCAGUAGUGGUCCAUCUGCAGCUUGAUUAGGAUAUAUCUAGUAUAUUAGGUAAUUAUAUAGAUUUGGUGGAACUCAUGAAAAUAUUUUACGCAUGUGUGUUGACUUUGAAAACUUGUAAUGUUUAUGCUAUUUUAUUAUUGAAGUAAAUGAAACUGGAAUUUUAAUAGUUUGCUUUGAGCCCAAUUUAAGCUUCUUCUAGCCCAACGUAUCUUAUCGUGUACAGUUUCUUUGGGUUCCAACUCUGUAGCCCAUCCACACAUUAUAGAACUGUGGAAAUGACCACAAUGGCUUUGUAAGUCUUUGACCGAUGAAGUGAAAUGAAAAGCAGUUGAUGUUCAGUUGUUGAGGGGAGAGAAGCGUCAACCAAACUGAUUACUUUGCGAGAGAGAGAGAGAGAGAGAGGAGGAAGAAACAGUGGGAAGGAAGACAAAAGGGGUUGUGAAGCACGUAUUGCUGGCGAAGUUCAAAGAUGAAACAACACCUGAGAAGAUUGAGGAACUCAUCAAAGGCUAUGCCAAUCUUGUCAAUCUCAUUGAACCUAUGAAAGCUUUUCAAUGGGGCAAGGAUGUUAGCAUUGAGAACCUGCAUCAAGGUUUCACUCAUGUGUUUGAAUCCACAUUUGAAAGUACUGAGGGCCUUGCAGAAUAUGUAGCUCAUCCUGUUCAUGUCGAAUUCGCGAACUUGUUUUUAGGCCACCUGGAGAAAGUCCUUGUAAUCGACUACAAGCCCAUGAUUGCUCGUUGCUAAGUUAAACAGUAUAGAACCUGUUGUCAAGCGUCCUGCAAUAUAGUUUCUGAAUGUUGAGAUUUUCACGCAUUCUGGUCAUGUCUGUUGGAUUAAAUAAAAAGACAUCUUGUAUCAAUGUGAUAGAGAUACUGUUCUCGUUCUCCUUG